CCCAAGCAACCCACCUCGCCGCCCCUGCCUCCGUCGCCACCCUCCCCGCCGCCGGCGCCGUCCAAGCGCCCGGCCUCCGCCCCCCCCCCCCUCGCAGUCGCUGCUAGAGCGCCCGAAUCCACUCGGCCACCGGGAGACCCGCCUGUGCGCCGCCGUGCCGUCACUCGUGCCACCGCGGACCGCCGUUGCCGUGGGGGGCGACGGGAGGUGAACUCCCCCAGUGAUUGUUUCUGGAUCUAGAGAGACCAUGGAGCAAGAACAGAAAGGAGAAACAUCCAGUGGUGUGUAUACGUACAAGCAUCAUUGUGAAACGGGAGUUGAUAUCCACGAGAUCUUUGUUAAGAAGAGCAGAUCGCAAGUUCUCUUGUCAUACAUUGGCAUCGUUUUUCUUCUUGCAAAUGUCUGCCAUUCAUUGCUGGAAAAGGAGAGGCUAUGUCUUGGAUCAAUUUGGAAUAUUACCUUUGCCAUUCUGUUCGCCAGAUGUUUGCGAUACAAGCCUGUGAGGAAAGAGUCAGUAGUGAUAAUGCCAGCUUUUGGUGUUCAACUGGAGAUACAUUUUUGGAGCGGAAGAGUUGAUCGUCAUUUUGUGCCCAUUGGCAAGAUUAUGAAGACAUUGCUAAAUGAGUGCGUGACACCAGUGACCUGUUACUGGAGCUUGGCACUGCUUUUGCGUGAUGAAGAUGAACUGCUAGUUUUCCAGAAAUUCCGUCCUCCUGUCAAAAUGCUGGUUCCUGUAUGGAAGGUUCUCUGCACAUUCACAAACUGUUAGUGUCCAAGCCCUUCUGGAGUUUAUAAACCAAACUCUUCAGAAACAUGAGCGAUCUGGUGCUAUAGUGUAGAUGUAUGUAUGCUCAAAAAAGCAGCUGCAGUUGAGCUAUAGGAAGUCACCAGUGGUGAUUUCGGCUGGAAGUGUAUACCACUUAACAUUACUGCCUGAAUAGCAUUCACUUACAUUUUGUAUUUUUCAGUGCAGUUCUGUCUGAAUGUGGCGCCAAACAUGUAUGGGAAGAUGCAAAGUUUGGUUAAACAAUCUCCUUUGUCUCCUGUGCCACUUAAAUGAGAACGACUCAAGUGUACCAUGAAAAUGAAAUGUGCACAGACAAGCAUGUGAGGGAUCCCAUGCAGAGAUCCAAAUGCAGUCAGACACACCACUCAUGGAGUAGAGUAUCAUAUGCACUCACUCCAAUUCCCCAACCCUUCUCGAUGAGUUGUUAAUUCACAUGUGCUUGUGAAAGAGGAGCUUAAGUUUCAAAAGUGAAACUUUUAGCUACAAAUUUGGCACCUGAUUGAAUUUACAACAUAAAAUUUUGUUAAUGUUGUGUACCGAUGGUCGUGUUGCUGAUCGACCCGCAUAGAUCAAUACUGAAACAAGCGAUAGGAAAGACGGCCCUGUAGUAUUCACGUUGUUAGCACUGAGUAGCAAAUGAGAGGUGUGUACUAUACAAUGAU